AUGAGCGGGCGCCCUAGGACCACGUCAUUCGCCGAGGGCAGCAAAUCCGUUCGAAAGACAUUUGAAAAUCAACCACCUAAACCACCUCUAGGAGGAUUUAGCGAGCACUCUGUACGUGGCGGGUGGGUGCGCGGCACAUUUUGCCGGCAGUUUACUCCGAAGCGCGCUCGCGUGCGUUACACUGCCAAACUGGAGUGUCCCGCAGGCCCAGUAUGCUUAGACAAUUUACGAGUUUCCGAUGGGCCCACGAAUGCGGCCCUUCGGCCCGCAGGAGAUAUGGGCGCACGUUCCGAACCAUCUCUUCUGCGAAUACUUGAUACAGACAAAAAUGGACAAUUAAGUCGCGCAUGUGAUCGGAUAUCUUCUUUUUGUAAGAAACUUCGGCGCAGUAUUAGCGACGUGGAUACUCCUAAAAAGACCGAGCUGGCUUCGGAAAAGAAAAGCGCCGCUUCCCAUCGCAAGGACGGCUCUAAGGUGACGACCGUGGUAGCGACGCCGGGGCAGGGCCCCGACCGGCCGCAGGAGGUGAGCUAUGCGGACAUGAAGCUCAUAGGCAACGGCAGCUUCGGCGUCGUCUACCAAGCGAAGCUAUGUGACACCGGCGAGCUCAUUGCCAUCAAAAAGGUGCUCCAGGACAAAAGGUUUAAGAACCGAGAGCUUCAAAUAAUGCGACGACUGGAGCAUUGUAAUAUUGUCAAAUUGAAAUACUUCUUUUACUCCAGCGGAGAAAAGAAGGACGAAGUGUACCUGAAUUUGGUGCUGGAGUAUAUACCGGAGACGGUGUAUAAAGUUGCCCGUCACUACUCCAAAGAUGAACAAACCAUACCCAUUAGUUUUAUAAAGCUAUACAUGUACCAGUUGUUCAGAAGCCUCGCGUACAUCCACUCGCUCGGUAUCUGCCACCGGGACAUCAAGCCGCAGAACCUGCUGCUCGACCCGAAGACGGGCGUGCUGAAGCUGUGCGACUUCGGCUCGGCGAAGCACCUCGUGCGCGGCGAGCCGAACGUCUCAUACAUAUGCUCGCGGUAUUAUCGCGCGCCCGAACUCAUUUUUGGCGCGAUCGACUAUACUACUAAGAUCGAUGUAUGGAGCGCGGGUUGUGUAGUGGCCGAGCUGUUGCUGGGCCAACCAAUAUUCCCCGGUGACUCGGGCGUCGACCAACUAGUCGAGAUUAUCAAGGUUCUUGGAACACCAACGCGGGAACAGAUUCGUGAAAUGAAUCCCAAUUACACGGAAUUCAAGUUCCCACAGAUCAAGAGUCAUCCUUGGGCGAAGGUGUUCCGCGCGUGCACGCCGCCGGACGCGAUCUCGCUGGUGUCGCGGCUGCUGGAGUACACGCCGGGCGCGCGGCUGUCGCCGCUGCAGGCGUGCGCGCACGGGUUCUUCGACGAGCUGCGCGAGCCGGCCGCGCGGCUGCCGAACGGCCGCCCGCUGCCGCCGCUGUUCAACUUCACCGAGUACGAGCUGGCCAUACAGCCGUCGCUCAACGACUUCCUCAAGCCGCGCGCCGCCGCGCCCGAGCCGGGCGCCUCCGCGCACCACGACCACGACCCGCAAGGUACGCUCCCACCGCUCCCACCGCUCCUACCGCUCCUACGUCACCAGAAUAUUGUCGAAUCGAAUCCUCAAUAG